AUGUCAUCGCCAUCAACUUCAACAGCUGCAGAUGAGAAAAAGUCUCAGCUUUUGCAACAAGAGUACAAUAGGUAUCAAGAACUAAUACAAGAAUUGGAAACCCAAUCAUCAACUCUUGCUUCGCAACUCCAAGAACAUAUCAUUGUUGAUCGUAGUCUCACGGCAAUUGCUCCGGAAAAGAGACAAGGCCGUAAAUGUUUCAAGAUGAUUGGUGGAGUGCUAGUCGAAAAAACAAUUGACGAUAUAAUCAAGAUUUUGGCAGAUGAAGUUAAAGAAUUGUCCAAACAGAGAGACACAAUUGAUGAAGAAUUGAAAAAGAAUAGAGCAAACCUAGAAAAAUGGAUUUCAACAAAUAAAAUUAAAGUUGUUAAGGGAUAA